CAAACAUGGCCGCAAAACUGCGGGUGGGACUGUGAACAUCUUCUUUUUUCUCCCGUCAUGAACGAAUAUGAAGAAGAUACUUGGAAUAUAGCAUCAUGGAAGGCAGAUAUCCCUGGGAAAGUUUCUUAUGUCAAGCACCUUUUGAGUUGUUCCCAGUUUCCAGACUGUAGUAGAGAUGUCAUUCUUAUGUUAGAGAAAUAUUUGAAAGCCUAUGCACCAGACACACCUCCAAACCCAGGACUUUAUCUGUCAGCAUUUCUUGACGAUGUUGUUGACUUAUACAUAUUUCACAGCAAGGGUUCUGGCUCAAAACCUUUGUCUGCCAUUCAGGAACUUCAGCUCUUAGAAGUAAUAUGUUCCUGCUUUCAAGACCAACCAUCUGAUAUUGUGAGAUGUGGAGUGUUUUAUUUGCUGUUUGGAAUAUCAAGUCAAGAUAUCAAAGAUGGAAAGAGACAUCACCACCUACCUAGUCUAGUGUUAAAAGUGACAUCAUCUAUUGUAGAAGACUACACAUGCCUUGUGCCAGCUUCAUUGCCAUUCCUUCAGUCCCUUGCACGUCACUCCCCACAGAUGGCUUGUCAGUUAAUGAUUGCUCUUAUUAGUUUGUAUCCUGUUGUUACUUCAGUUAAUCAGCAAGAUGAAAGGUUAUCAACUGGGUCAUCAAGUCUACCUCCCCCGGCUCUCCUUAGAGUUGUGGCAUCCUGGGUCAGUGACAACCCUGAACUGUGUAUAAUGACUUGUCCUGCCAAUCUUCUGACAGCUGGAAGUUUGCGAGGAUCAGUAGCUUCUCCUGAGUCCACCUCUCUUCCCAUGGGUCCUGUGUUAGGAUUACUGCGUUGGGUAGUAUUAAUGCCAUUAGAUUUCAAUGUCUCCACAAGCUUUCUACAUAUGCAUAAGGAUUCUAGAGUGCUAUGCUCUCAGCUUCACCUAGCAAUAAUUCAAGCUUUUUUACUAGCUGGCAAAGAUAAAGAAGAUCCACAAGAUGAAAUGGAACUGGAACCUGGAGAAGUUAUGGACGAGUCAGACAAUCAACAUGUAAUCAAAGGAACAGAUCUGAAAGAACUCUCUCAAGAUAUGAAGAAACUUAUAGACAAGUUAGCAACUGUAGAAUUUAAUCACAGCAUCAUUGAACAACAAGUUCAGUUGUCAAUGGAUAGGUUUUCUCAAACUUUACAAGUUGCAAUGGCAACAGGAUGCCUCUCCGCUGCCAAAGAUGAGCUGCAAUCUGUAUGCGAACAUCUUCCAUCCAACAGGUUGCUUUCCACAGUAAUACAGUCUGGUUAACAGUCCUUGAAGAUUUAAGGGCAUGUGCUGUGUGCUUUACAUGUCUUUUACUUGUUUGACUUUAGUUGCUUAAGUUUUCGAAAUGGUACACUGGGAAUUUGUAGAGCAUUGAGCUUAUUUUAAAGCUGUGGUUCUGCCAAGAGAAUUAAAACAUUUCUGUCAAAACCUAGGUAGUUAAUACAUUUAUCAUACAAACUGAAAUACAAACGUUUAUAAACUGUGGUAA